AUGUCACAACCUCAAAAGGUAGACCUCAAUUCGCUUCCACCUCAGCAAUUAGUGGAACUUCGCAAAAACAUUGAUCAAGAAAUCAGUCACUUCACACAAUCUCUACAAGCUUUGCAAACAGCACAAUUGAAAUUAAAAGAUUGCAUAACGAGUAUAAACACUCUCGAGAAAUCCAAAUCUGACAACAUGUUGAUACCGUUGUCAAGUUCAUUGUACAUUCCUGGAAAAACAGUUACCAAACAAGACUACUUAGUGGAUAUUGGUACUGGUUAUUAUGUGGAGAAAAAGGCAGAGGAUGCUAAGAAAGUUUAUGAUAAGAAGAUUAAAAAGCUAGACGAAGAUGCAAAGAAGUUGAGAGACAUACUUGUGCAGAAAAAUGAGUUGCUAAAUGGUGUUAAUUUGAUAUUAAGGAGAAAAGUGAUUGAAAUGGAAAAACAGCAAGAAACGAAUGCCUAA